AGCAAACUUCAUGAUAAAGAUGUUUUCUCGAAAAGCGAUCCGAUGUGCGUGGUAUACCAAUUCGUUGGACGGCUUACUGAACUUUUCAAUCAAGGAGAUGGUAAAUGGAACGAGUGCGGUAGAACAGAGCAACUGCAGAACACAUUGAAUCCGGAAUGGGCAACACAAAUACGAAUCCAGUACUUUUUUGAGGAAAAACAAACAAUGAGAUUUGAAAUUUACGAUAUUGAUUCCACUUCAACUGAUUUGUCAGCACAUGAUUUUCUUGGCCGUGUUGAAUGUGAUUUGGCUGAAAUCGUCUCAAAUCGACCGUUCAGAAAGUCUUUAAGGUUUGCUUGGUUGACACUGGUCAACGAGAAAAAACGUGAGAAAAAGGGCAAUAAGUACAAGAAUUCUGGAACACUUGAAUUUGAUGGUGUACAAUUAUUGAAGCACUACUCAUUUCUGGAUUUCAUUGCUGGAGGAACUCAGCUCGACUUUGCUGUGGCGGUUGACUUUACGGCAUCGAACGGUGCCGUCCAUAAGCCAACCUCUCUUCACUAUAUUAAUCCAACACAGCCCAAUCAAUACGAAAUAGCUAUCAGAGCUGUAAUUGAUAUCUGUCAGCACUACAACAACAGCAAGCUUUUCGAUGCUUUUGGUUUUGGAGCGAUUUUACCUCCAGAUACUUGUGUUUCACCAGUUGAGUUAAAAAGAACUGACUCCGUUGUUGGACUUCUCGGCUUGCUGGAAGCAUACCGCUUCGCGCUCAACCGCGUGAAACUCUACGGUCCAACGAAUUUCGCCCCGGUUAUCCGUGAAAUCGCGAAGAAAGCGUCGGGUUUGCCGAGUAAUGGAUCGAGAUAUCAGGUUCUGUUGAUCAUAACCGAUGGAGCCAUCUCUGACAUGGCGGCCACAAAAGCUGCUAUUAUUGCAGCGUCCUCUUUACCGCUGUCAAUCAUUAUCGUUGGAGUGGGCGACGAUGAAUUCGAGAACAUGCAUGAGCUGGAUUCCGACGAUCGGGCGCUUUCCCAUGCCGGCCAUAUCGCUCAGAGGGAUAUUGUUCAGUUUGUUCCACUACGAGAAAUACUUCCGGACGAUUGUACGGGCGCUGAAAGCGAGCGGGUGAUGGGGUUGUUGGCAAGAGAGGUGCUGGCUGAGAUUCCCAAGCAGCUGACAUCAUAUAUGAAGAAAAAGAACAUCACCCCACGUCCUCCUGAUGAUCCUUUCCCAAAGGAUGCUGAAGCAGGUCGAGAAUCAAUACUUCUAAAAGUUUAA